AUGGCACCAAAUGAAUAUGUCGAAAUACGGCUUGUAUGCAAAGCUAACUAUCUUGAUCCACAAUUAAAAACAAAACUACAUGAAAUUAGAGAUAGUCUUAGACAAAUACUUCAUACAGGUCGAAGACGAUUUGCUUUAAAAAAAGUACAACCGUGGAAUAGUAUAAAAGUUACAUUUAAUAUUCCAAAAGAAGCAGCUGAUCGACUUCAUUUGCUUGCUGUUCAAGGAAAUAUACGUCUUAUUGAGCUCGGUAUACUUAGUGUAGAAAUUGUAGGACAAUCAAAUACUGUUGUAGCUAAUAAUAAUAAUAAUAAAAGUUCAACGGCGAUAACAGCAGCAACAACAAAUAAUAAAGAAUUAACGGCAUCAUCUAUGCUUAAUUCAACUCUUACACAAAAUUCUGCAUUAGAUACUAAAUUUGAUGUUCAUCAACAUAAUAACAAUGUUAUGCAAACAUCAUCAACAAACGUAAAUCAUAUUAAUACCACGAAUCAUUAUGUAUCUCAGCAAGUUAUUCACCGACAUGAACCAGUAUUAAAUCCUACUUAUCCAACGAAUAAUAAUACAACUUCAAAUUCUUAUCAUCAUGAUCAUAGUACACCUGUAAAUGGAACUAAUUUGCAUGAUUCCUGGUCAGACUAUAAAAUGAAAAUUAAUGGAGCACAUUAUUAUCCAUCUCAACAUCAACAAUGA